AUGGCCACCAGGGCCAUGUAUUUAGAUUUCUGCCCCUCCUUGGAUGCGGAGGAAUUUGUUCUAGCUCUUCGAAGAUUCAGUGCUACGCAUGGAGCCCCGACCAUAAUCACUUCUGAUAACCACCAAACGUUCAAGACGGCCAGCAACCUCCUUCAGGGACUUUAUGAAGAGGAUGAAGUCCAGCAGUUCCUGAGGAGGACUGGCGUAGAAUGGCGAUUCCAAACACCCCGUGCGCCGUGGAAAGGCGGUUUUUUCGAGCGUCUGAUUGGUGUCACAAAACGUGCACUUCAGAUAGCCCUCGGGAGAAAGCAUCUCCCGGAGGCCCACGUAUUGACUCUAGUGAAAGAGGCGGAGGCGGUAGUGAAUAAUAGGCCGUUGAUGUAUAGCGGUGACAAGUGCGAGGACGAGGUCCUCACCCCCUCUCAUAUACUGCACCCCGGAGACAUCGUGUUAGUAAAGCAAGAAAAUAAAAAACGAGCAACGUGGCCCCUUGGACGCGUCGUGGAGACGUACCCGGACGACGACGGCGUCGUGCGUUCGGCCAAGGUAUUGUUCGAAGAUGUUGAGUCCCUGCGUGCUGUCAGCCACUUGGUCCCCCUGGAACUUGCCCCCUCAGAUGACGAUGAUGGCGUUGGAGACGAACGGCGUGACGAUGUUGAUGGUGCGACGGAGGAGAUGGUGCGUGACGACGACGGCAACGAAGAGGUCCGAGACGAGGGAGCGUACAGCCCAGCAGUAGGUGUUCCAGGAAAUGUUGUGACGUCUGGGGACGACCACUGGCUGCCAUAUCCGAACAACCAGCCACAAAGGUCUUGA